GGGUCGGUUGACCAGUGGUGGCCGUUGGGCGGCGGCGGGGGCGGGGGCGAGAUGCCGCUGCUGUUGCUACUCCCCCCGCUGUGUCUCCUCCUGGCGCUGCCCGAGCUCGGCACCGUCGUCCAUUUCCGAGAGCAGUUUUUAGACGGAGCAAAAUGGCAGGAGAGAUGGGUGCCCUCUCAGCAUAAAUCCAAUUAUGGGAAGUUUAGGUUAACAGCUGGGAGUUUUUACGGAGAUCGAGAAGCAGAUAAAGGUCUGCAAACAAGUGAAAAUUUGAAAUUUUAUGCAAUCUCAUCACGAUUUAAACCAUUCAGUAAUAAAGGAAAAACUCUGGUAAUCCAGUAUACAGUAAAACAUGAACAAAAAAUAGACUGUGGUGGUGGUUAUGUGAAAAUUUUCCCCUCUGACUUGAACCAAAAGAACAUGAGUGGAGAAUCACAGUAUUUUAUCAUGUUUGGACCUGAUAUUUGUGGAUCUGAUACAAAGAAAGUCCAUAUCAUUGUGAACUUCAAGAACAAACUUUAUCCCAAUAAGAAACAAAUCCGAUGCAAAGUUGAUGGAUUUACUCAUUUGUAUACUCUAAUCUUAAGAUCAGACCACACCUAUGAAGUGAAAAUUGAUAAUGAAAUGGUUGCUUCGGGCAUUUUGGAAGAUGACUGGGACUUUUUACCUCCAAGGAGAAUAAAUGACCCAGCAGUGAAAAAGCCAGAGGAUUGGAAUGAUGAAGCUGAAAUUGAUGAUCCUCAUGAUACCAUGCCAGAGGAUUGGAAUGUUGCUGAAUAUAUUGUGGACAAUGGUGCUGAGAAACCUAAUGACUGGGAUGAUGUGAAACAGGGUGUCUGGCAACGCCCCCUGCUCAAGAAUCCACUGUAUAGGGGAAAAUGGCAGCCCAGGAAGAUCCCAAAUCCAAACUACAGAGGUAUUUGGCCUCAUCCUCAAAUUGAGAAUCCCGUCUAUGUGCCUGAUGAGAGCAUUUCGGUCUACGAGAACAUAGGUGUCAUUGGCCUUGAUCUUUGGCAGGUGAGGUCUGGAACAAUUUUUGACAAUUUCUUGAUCACUGACAGCGAAACGUAUGCAGAGGAAUUUGGUGAUGAAACAUGGGGAGAAACGAAGUACCCUGAACAGAAAAUGAACCAGAAGCAAAUCGAAGAGGAAGAGAAGAGGGAAAAGGCAAGAGAGGAGGAGAAGACCCCCAAAGGUCGGGUCAAAGAGGUGCCCAAACAGCAAGUGUCCAGGAAAAAGAAAUCCCAGACUGUGGCGGAGAAGGGGGAGCUCUGAGGGAAAGAGCCAGUGGAAGAUACACCCUGCAGUUGCCUUGGCUAAUGUGAAGAUGUGUGGAUCUCCUGGCUGGGUUGGGCUUGUGCUGCUCUGCCCCCUGGGCGAAGGGAAUAUUUCCUUCCCUGAAAGUGUGGCUCAGGAAAGUGUCACAAGGCCGAAAGAGCAAUGGGGUCCAGCCUCCUGCUUUGUGGGUCAAGACUUAGAAAGGGAAGAUGGGGGGGAAGCUGUGGGUAAGAAGCGUUUGGGAAAAGUUCAAUAAACUU